AUGGACCUCGUCGCCUACGUCCCGCACCACCCUCUGCCGGGCGAGACCCUCACGGCGGACGAGUUCGCGACGUCCCCGGGUGGGAAGGGCGCGAAUCAGGCGGUGGCGUGUGCGAAGCUCUCGCGGGCGAGGCCUACGCCGGGCGUGGAUGGGGGGGAGACGGCGAGCGUGGCUAUGGUGGGGUGCGUCGGCGCCGACGGCCACGGCACGCAACUCCAAGCCAGCCUCACCAGCUACGGCGUCUCAGUCUCGGGCGUCUCCGCGCGCCAGGGCCUCAAAACGGGCGUCGCCCUCAUCAUCGUCGACAAGCCCACCGGCGAGAACCGCAUCGUGCUCUCCCCCGGCGCCAACCACGCCCUCCAACCCGCCGACGUCCAAUCCCUCGACCUCCUCCGCACCCCCAACCCCACCAACCACCACCCCCGCCUCCCCGACCUCCUGAUCAUGCAGCUGGAAAUCCCCUUCGCCACGGUCCUCGCGGCCCUCACCGCCGCGCGCGCCCAUAACGUCCCCGUGCUGCUCAACCCGGCGCCCGCGCGCCCCCUGCCCGCGGAGGCCUACCUCGGGCUGGCGCACCUGGUGGUCAACGAGACGGAGGCGGCGAUUCUGGGGGACGUGGAGGAGCGGGUGCUGGACGAGGAAGCGGGGCUGGAGGCGGUGGCGGCGGGGUUUGUGGAGAGCGGGGUGCAGAACGUGAUUAUCACGCUGGGGGGCAGGGGCGUGUAUUAUAGGGCGAGGGAUGGGAGGUCCGGGCUGGUGCCCGCCGAGAGGGCGGUCGUGGUGGAUACCACGGCGGCGGGGGAUACGUUUGUGGGGAGGUAUGCGUUGGAUGUGGUGGCCGGGGGGAGGGGGGAGGGGUUUGAUAUUGAGGCGGCGGUUAGGAGGGCGAAUAAGGCGGCGGCGAAGACGGUGGAGAAGGCGGGUGCGCAGGACUCGAUUCCGUGGAGGGAUGAGUUGGAGUGA